AUGGAGAAUUAUCAAAUAUUCCAUGAUUUCUCUGUUUCAAAAUCAAUUUCGAAUGAUUAUUCUUCUUCUCAUUUGAAUUCUUCAGCUGAAAAUCAGACUUACGAAGAUAUUUUAAAUAAUGCGCUUAAUAAUUCAGAACAAAAUGAUGCUAAUAAAGAUCCAGAAUCCUAUGUGGUUGUUGGCCAAGAUUUUGAAGAACCAGUUUCAUUAGAGGGAAGUGUAGUUAAGGAAGAUGAUGAGGCGUAUGAGUUAUACAACAGUCAUGCAUUUAGGAAUGGUUUUGGUACUAGGAAGGGUAAAAAGGAGUAUAGAAGUGGUACUAGAAUAGUUCGACAACGGAGAAUUGGAUGCAAGGCUUCAGUUCAGUUUGAUGUUGAUAAGAAAACUGGAAUGUAUGUUCUUUCUAAACAUUGUCGUCUGCAUAACCAUUCAAUGGUUCCUGCUAAUAAGAGAUACCUUAUUAGGUCACAUAGGCACAUUUCAAAAGAACACUUGGCUUUUCUUACUACUUUUACUUGUAGUGGCACUAAGCUUGUUGAUAUUCUUAGAGCUAUGAGGAAAGAAGUUGGUGGUGAGGCGCAUUUAGGCUUCACUGUUCCCGAUGCGUAUGAUGUUGUUUUGGCAAAGAAGAAGAAAAUUUUGGAUGGUUGUGAUUCAAAUCAGUUGAUCAGAUGGUUCACUAUGAGACAAGCUAAUGAACAUGAUUUUUAUUAUAAUUUUCAACUGAAUGAAGAGAAUCAGUUGACCAAUUUUUUUUGGAGAGAUGGAAGAAUGCGGUCUGAUUAUGAAGCUUUUGGUGAUUUAUUGAUUCAUGAUACAACUUAUCGUACUAAUAAAUACGAUAUGAUUUGUGGGCCUUUUGUUGGAAUGAAUCUUCACACCCAAAAUAUCAUGUUUGGAGUGGGUUUUAUAUUGAAUGAGAAGGCAGGUAGUUUUGAAUGGCUUUUUAAUUCUUUUUUGACUUCCAUGGGAGGGAAGCAACCUGUGACUAUCAUGACUGAUCAAUGUUCUGCCAUGGACAAGGCUAUAAGGGAAGUGUUUCCAAAAUCGAGGCAUCGGUUGUGUACGUGGCACAUUGGAGAAAAUGUUAUUGUAAACAUCAAAGGUGUUAUGGCCAAAGAAGGAUUCAAACGUCGGUUUGAUUAUGUUUUGAAAUAUACUGACACAGUUGCUGAGUUCGAGCAUUAUUGGAAUAGUCUUUUGGCUGAUUACAAUUGCGCUAAACAUUCAUGGAUAAUAAGGUUAUAUAGUUUGAAGGAGAAAUGUUGUCCUGCAUAUAACAAAGAGUGGUUUUCUGGGGGUGUUUUGUCUUCUCAAAGGAGUGAGACUACAAAUCAUUCUAUUUCUAGGAGGUUGCAUAAAACCAACGGUUUAUGUGAUUUUUAUAAGUGUUUUUUGGAGGUAAUUGAUGAGUGGAGAAGUAAGGAGAACACGGGAGAUUAUAAUUCUUCUACUGGUAAUAAGUAUUAUGCAUGUUCGGAUAACAUGUUAUGUUUACAUGCCCGGGAAGUGUACACUAUUGCAAUAUAUUUGAUAUUUGAGCAACGAUUCAUCAAAGCUGUUGGUUUGAGGAGUGAACGGAUUCGUUUUGAGUAUCCAGUUUCUGAGUAUAUUGUUGGGCAUCCUACAAAGGAUUUCAUUAGACACAAUGUCAGAUUUAAUGAGUAA